GUCGGUAUGCCACAACAGUUGCAGUCUCAAAAAUCAGUGUAGUGAUAGUGAGACACAAAUCAUAUUCCUCUUUUAAUCAUCUCUCCAUCUUUUUUUUCUCGCCCUAAACUCGAAGAUUUAUAAUUAUCCCAUAUUUUAUUCUACAAACAGAGCGGCGUAGGAUGGUGGUUAUAAAGCAGUAGUGGGCUAAAGUAAUCCGGGUUUAUUGAGGAAACAACAGUAGUGGUAAUGAAAAUUGGAGUGGCAAUGAUGAGGGAGAGGGACACAAGUGGGCGCAGGAUAAGCACGUGGGCGUCGCCUUUUCUCUCUCUGCCUGCACGCUGGCAUUGUGGUUUAGCAAGCUAAGCUCUAAACUGUUUACUGCUCAAAAAUUAAAAGGAAAAAUAGGGGUACAGUACAGCCACCAGGAAAUGAUUGGCAGUUACUUGUGACUACAAAAACAACCUUAAUAUUUUCAUUUUUUUUUCAGGUUCAACUCAUAUAUAUUCUCUUUCCUAAAUUCAGUUUGCCUAUUUCAUGGCUGUGAAUGUUUUUCCUAGCUGCGAUUUUGGAACAAGAUUGGCGAACAAAAACAGUGGAAAAUCUAGUUGUGGUUGUCUAGCUUCCGACAAAAUCUAUUGGUUGCAGCUGGAGGUGGAACCUUCUUUGUUAGUGGUGUUCGAAAAAAGCUAAGGAAGUUGGUGUUUGUCUCACUUUGAAAUGGUGCUGUGAUCAAUUGCUUAUAGUUUAUUUCGCAAAAUCAGAGGUGUGCAGCAAUGAAGUUUAUGAAACUCGGAUCUCGCCCUGAUACUUUCUACACAACAGAAUCCACUAGGUGUGUAUCAUCUGAAGUGUCGAGCGAUCUCAUCGUGCAAGUAAAGGGAACCAGAUACUUACUGCAUAAGUUUCCCCUGCUGUCCAAGUGCCUUCGUCUGCAGAGGCUAUGCGCGGAGAGCCCCGAGGCUCUGCAGGUGCAGAUAGUGCAGCUUCCCGACUUCCCCGGCGGCGUGGAGGCCUUUGAUCUCUGCGCCAAGUUCUGCUAUGGCAUCACGGUCACCCUCAGCGCCUACAACAUCGUCGCAGUCAGAUGUGCGGCCGAGUACCUUCAAAUGACCGAAGAUGUUGAGAAGGGCAAUUUGAUCUACAAGAUUGAUGUGUUCCUGAAUUCUUGCAUCCUUCACGGAUGGAGGGACUCCAUCGUGACGUUGCAGAGCACCAAGGCGUUCCCUAUGUGGUCCGAGGAUCUCGGGAUAACCAGCAGAUGCAUUGAGGCCAUCGCUGCUAAGGUCGUGUCCCAUCCCACCAAGGCGGCCUUGUCCCACAGUUGCUCGAGGCGCGGUAGGGAUGAUGCCUCGUGCAACGGGUCCGAGAGCCAGAGGCAUAAGUCCGUGAGCCGGGGAGGCUGGUGGGCCGAGGAUCUGGCUGAGCUGGGGAUUGAUCUUUAUUGGAGGACUAUGAUCGCCAUCAAAUCGGGGGGGAAGCUUCCCGCGAGCCUCGUUGGCGAGGCCUUGCGCGUCUACGCAUCACGUUGGCUGCCGAAUGUGUCCAAGUACAUAAACAUUGAGUGUGAUGCUAAGCUUGAUUCAGUUAGGGAAGUGAGCUCAAAACAUAGGUUGCUCUUGGAAUCCAUAGUGAGCUUGCUGCCUAGUGAGAAAGGGGAGGUCUCUUGCAGCUUUCUGUUGAAGCUGUUGAAGGCGGCAAACAUACUGAAAGCAUCGUCCUCUUCGAAGAUAGAGUUGGAGCGGAGGAUCGGAGUGCAGCUGGAGGAGGCGUCGGUUGCGGAUCUGCUGCUACCCUCGGAUGAGAAGACGGUGUACGACGUGGACGCAGUGAUUUCAAUACUGGAGCAUUUCAUGCUGCAGGGGCAGAGCCCGCCGACGAGCCCUCGUAGAGGGAAAGGGGAGUUGGAGAGGCGGAGGUCGCGCUCGGCGGAGAACGUGGAGAUGCUGUUUCAGGAGAGCAGAAGGUCGUCCUCUGCAUCGCACAGCUCCAAGCUCAAGGUGGCUAAGCUUGUGGAUGCCUACCUUCAGAAGAUAGCCAAGGACAAGAAUUUGCCUCUCUCCAAGUUCAUCGCCAUCGCAGAAGCCGUUCCGGAAUUUGCCAGGCUUGAUCAUGAUGAUCUCUACAAAGCUAUCGACAUAUACCUAAAGGGGCAUCCGGAGCUGAGCAAGAGUGAAAGAAAGCGGGUGUGCCGGAUAUUGGAGUGCAAGAAGUUGUCGGUUGAAGCAUGCAUGCACGCAGCGCAGAACGAGAUGCUGCCGCUGCGGGUGGUGGUUCAAGUGUUGUUCUUCGAGCAAGCACGGGCUGCAAUGGCGGGGGGUCAGGUCACGGAGUUGCCUACCAACAUCAAGGCACUCUUAGCAGUGUGCAACAAUCCUGCUGAGGAACACCUAAAAUCACCAAACUCCAAUGUUUCCACCCUCAAAAUGAAGCUGGAUGAAGACCACGAUUUGGAGCUCCAUAAUUCCUCCAAAUUCAAGGCCUUCACCAUGACUCCCAACAGACCUAAGAGAAUGUUGAGCAAAUUAUGGCCCAUCAACAGAACUGCAACUGAAAAGAACUGAUGUCAGAGAUCUCAACUUUUGUCCGAAUUUCUUGUUUGGGAUGGGUAAAUACCACUCUCUCUCUUUGUUUAAUUUUUUUUUCUCCUUUUAUGUGAUAAUUCUUGAAAAACUCUUUGUAACCAAUUAGGAAAGAAUGCAACUCCCUUGGUGUAAGCUAUGCCAAUAAAACUAUGGAAACUAUAGUUUUUUCGACUGUUGUUCGAUUUUGCAAA